CCCCCUUUGCCUGGAGCCACAGCCCAGGACCCUGCUUUGGUCAGAGACCGGACCCCAGUGAAACCAACGUGAUGGUUCAUGGGCAGGGAGGGUUCAAGUUCCAAAACUGGGCUAGGACCUACGGCUCCUCUCCAGAACUGUUCUUCCAGCCAACAUCAGUAGAGGAGAUCAAAGAGAUUUUGGAUCUGGCCAGGCAGCGGAGUAAGAGGGUGAAAGUGGUCGGUGGUGGACAUUCCCCUUCGGACAUCGCCUGCACGGAUGACUUCAUGGUUCAGAUGGGGAAGAUGAACAAGAUCCUCAAGGUGGAUGAGGAGAAGAAGCAAGUGAUGGUGGAAGCGGGAAUCCUCCUGUCUGAUCUAAACGUCGAGCUGAGCAAGUACGGGUUGGCCCUGCCCAACUUAGGGGCCGUUUCGGAAGUGGCGGCCGCUGGGGUUAUUGGAACGGGGACACACAACACGGGCAUCAAACACGGCAUCCUGCCUACCCAGGUGGUGGCGCUAACGCUGCUGACGGCUUCGGGGGAGAUCCUGGAAUGCUCUGAGUCCAUCAACGUCGAAAUCUUCCAGGCCGCUCGGCUGCAUCUCGGCUGCCUGGGCGUGGUCCUGACCAUCACCUUCCAGUGCGUCCCGGAGUUCUACCUUCUGGAGACCACCUUUCCUUCCACCCUUCAGGAGGUGCUCGACAACCUCGACAGCCACCUGCGGCGAUCGGAAUAUUUCCGCUUCCUGUGGUUCCCCCACAGCGAGAACGUCAGCGUCAUCUAUCAGGAUCAUACCAACAAGCCUCCUUCGUCCUCCGCCAACUGGUUUUGGGACUACGCCGCCGGAUACUAUCUGCUGGAGUUUCUGCUCUGGAUCAG